GGCAAAGUCAAGUGUCAAAUUUCCACCGGCCGAUUAAUGGAAAGCUGACAAAGAGGAACAUGGAGGAAUCGAAUCUUACACAAAUUCCCUCUCUCUCUCUCUUUCUCUCCGCCGUUUGGUGUGAAACUCUAGCAAAUAAUCACGACAAGCUGACAAUUAUUUGGUAUCUCAUAUUUGAGAUGCCCUCUGUUUUUAUCAGAACGCGAAGCGGCCGAAGGAGUUUUGAAUUCCGGCCAUUUUACGGGAAAAUUUAAUGGCUUCUGCUUGUUUUCCGGCGAGUUCAGGCAGUUUUUGCGGUGAGAUGGUGGGGAUUCCGGCGCCUAGGUAUCCGGAAACUAGGGUCGGGGUGAAGGUCUGGCAAUUGGGGGCCCGUUGUUCUCUGGAGGAGAAGGUUUCAGACAUGAGAGUGAAUGCUCCUAAAGGGCUGUUCCCACCAGAACCUGAGCAUUACCGAGGGCCUAAACUUAAAGUGGCUGUCAUUGGAGCUGGACUUGCAGGAAUGUCAACUGCAGUGGAACUUUUGGACCAAGGCCAUGAGGUAGAUAUAUAUGAAUCCCGCCAAUUUAUUGGUGGAAAAGUUGGUUCUUUUCAGGAUAGGCGUGGAAACCAUAUUGAAAUGGGACUCCAUGUAUUCUUUGGGUGUUAUAACAACCUUUACCGUCUGAUGAAAAAGGUUGGUGCUGACAAGAAUUUACUCGUAAAGGAUCACACUCAUACCUUCAUUAAUAAAGGCGGCCAAGUUGGUGAACUUGAUUUUCGGUUUCCCAUUGGGGCCCCAGUGCAUGGUAUCAGGGCUUUUUUAUCUACUAAUCAGCUCAAGACUAUUGACAAAGCACGGAAUGCGUUUGCUCUUGCAAGAAGUCCAGUUGUACGGGCUCUUAUUGACCCUGAUGGUGCAAUGCAGGACAUACGGAAUCUGGACAAUGUCAGCUUCUCUGAUUGGUUCUUGUCCAAAGGCGGCACUCGUAUGAGUAUCCAGAGAAUGUGGGAUCCUGUUGCCUAUGCACUCGGUUUUAUUGAUUGUGAUAAUAUUAGUGCACGUUGCAUGCUCACUAUUUUUGGGCUCUUCGCCACUAAGACAGAGGCUUCCCUGUUACGCAUGCUAAAGGGUUCUCCUGAUGUUUACUUGAGUGGCCCUAUAAGAAAGUACAUAACAGAUAAAGGAGGGAGAUUCCACCUCCGAUGGGGGUGUAGGGAGAUAUUGUAUGAUUACUUGGAAGAUGGUGGAGCCUAUGUAACUGGCCUCUCUAUAUCAAAGGCCACUGAAAAGCAAAUUGUAAAAGCUGAUGCAUAUGUAGCAGCAUGUGAUGUCCCUGGCAUUAAGAGAUUAGUGCCUUCUAAAUGGAGGGAGAAUGAAUUCUUUGAUAAUAUCUACAAACUUGUCGGAGUGCCAGUAAUCACUGUUCAACUAAGAUAUAAUGGCUGGGUUACCGAAUUACGAGAUCUGCAACUUUCUAGGCAAUUGAGACGAGCUGCUGGGAUGGAUAAUCUCCUGUAUAGUCCAGAUGCAGAUUUUUCUUGCUUUGCUGACCUUGCACUGAGUUCUCCUGAAGAUUAUUACAUUGAGGGGCAAGGUUCUUUGAUUCAAGCUGUGAUAACUCCAGGUGAUCCCUACAUGCCGCUGACAAAUGAUAAAAUCAUUGAACGGAUCCAGAAACAGGUGCUGUCUCUGUUUCCAUCUGCUCAAGGUUUAGAAGUUAUUUGGUCUUCAGUGGUCAAAAUUGGACAAUCUCUAUAUCGUGAGGGUCCUGGAAUGGAUCCUUUCAGACCUGAUCAGAGAACACCAGUGCAGAACUUCUUCCUUGCAGGUUCAUAUACGAAGCAGGACUAUAUUGAUAGCAUGGAGGGAGCAACCCUUUCAGGAAGACAAGCUGCGUCUUAUAUAUGUAGUUCUGGGGAAGAGCUAGCUUCCCUAAGAAAGAAGAUAGCCCAAGGUACAGCAGUAGGUGCAAAGAUUGAGCCGUGUAUAGCAUAAUGGCAAUUUUUACCAUGGUUUUGAUUCUUGUAAUACGGGAAGAAUUGUUUUUGUUCUUCCUAGUUAAAUAUGUCCAAUUUGUAUGUAAUUUAAAGAUCUUGUAUUAAACAAAUAGAAAUUUCACUCCUUUUCCACUCAAAUCAUGUGUAAGCUGGUCCAAUAUCGAGCAGUGUAUUGGAUGUGAAGAGAUAAUUGCUCCACCUCUUAUCAAAUUUCCUUUCCCAUUCCCUUGUUA